AUGGACUAUUGUGAGGGAAUGAAAAAAAAAGAGUGUUUGAACAACCCUCCACCGUUGCUACCACCCACCACCACCACCACUGUUGCUACCACCCACCACCUCGACCACCACCACCGUCAUCCGCCGCCGUCACCCACCUCCGCCGCCACCCGCCACCGCCGCUGCCACAACCUACCGCCGCCACCUACCUCUGUCCCCGCUACCCACCAUCGCCACUAUCACCUCCGAUCAUCGCCACCACCCACCUUCGAUCAUCGCCGCCAUCAUUGCCACUGCGACCUCCGAUCACCGCCACCACCGCUGCCACCUCCGACCACCGUCGCCGCUGCUACCACCUCCGACCACCCCCUCCACCACCAUCGCCAUCGCCGCCACCUACCUCCACCGUCAUCCACCACCACCACCACCGUUGUCACCAUCCGUUAUCGUCUCCACCCACCACCAUCGUCGCCGCUACAACUGACACCUAGCACCAUGCACCAUCAUCUCUCAUCACUGACCACCGCCAUCUAA